UUUCCUCCGUUUCUAUAUCCCCCCCUCCUCCGCGGAAGCAGAGCGCCAAACUCAAACUCUAUACAGACCCUGACGCUUCACAGGCUAGGGCCGGGCCUGGUGGGCUUUUCCGCACACCUGCCAGGGCAGCGGUCCAACAUGAGCCAAGUUCUGUUCCAGCAGCUAAUUCCGUUGCAGGUGAAAUGCAAAGACUGCGAGGAGAGGAGAAUAAGUGUAAGAGUGAGCAUUGAACUACAAUCAGUUUCUAAUCCAGUUCACAGAAAGGAUUUAGUUAUUCGUCUGACUGAUGAUACAGAUCCAUUUUUUUUGUAUAACCUUGUUAUAUCUGAGGAAGAUUUUCAAAGUUUAAAAUUCCAGCAAGGUCUUCUGGUAGACUUCUUAGCUUUCCCACAAAAAUUUAUAGAUCUCCUUCAGCAAUGUGCUCAAGAACAUGCCAAAGAAAUCCCAAGGUUUUUGCUACAGUUAGUUUCUCCAGCAGCUAUUUUGGAUAACUCACCCGCAUUUUUAAAUGUGGUAGAAACAAAUCCUUUUAAGCAUCUUAUACACCUCUCACUAAAACUUUUACCUGGAAAUGAUGUGGAGAUAAAGAAAUUUCUAGCAGGCUGUUUGAAAUGUAGCAAGGAAGAAAAAUUAUUAUUGACACAAUCACUAGAUGAUGUUACUAGGCAACUGAACCUCACAAAAAAGACUUUAUCAGAAAAAAUACAAGAAUUAGACAAAUUACGGAAUGAAUGGGCAUCACACACAGCCUCACUGACAAAUAAGCAUUCUCAGGAAUUGACAAAUGAGAAGGAAAAAGCAUUACAGGCACAGGUUCAGUAUCAACAACAGCAUGAACAACAGAAAAAAGAUUUAGAAACCCUCCAUCAGCGAAACAUCCACCAGCUACAAAACAGAUUGUCUGAAUUAGAAGCAGCUAAUAAAGAUCUAACUGAGAGGAAGUAUAAAGGAGACUCCGUUACUAGAGAACUUAAAGCAAAACUUUCUGGUGUUGAAGAGGAGCUGCAUCGGACUAAGCAAGAAGUCCUGUCUUUGCGAAGAGAGAAUUCUACAUUAGAUGCUGAAUGUCAUGAGAAAGAAAAGCAUAUUAAUCAGCUUCAAACAAAAGUGGCAGUUUUAGAACAAGAAAUUAAGGAUAAAGACCAGCUUGUUGUAAGAACAAAAGAAGCAUUUGAUACAAUCCAGGAACAAAAGGUGGCAUUAGAAGAAAAUGGUGAGAAAAAUCAGGUUCAACUGGGAAAACUUGAAGCUACAAUAAAAUCAUUAUCAGCAGAACUUCUGAAGGCAAAUGAAAUUAUCAAGAAGUUACAAGGGGAUCUGAAAACUCUGAUGGGUAAGUUGAAACUGAAGAAUACAGUUACUAUUCAGCAAGAAAAACUAUUGGCUGAGAAGGAGGAAAAAUUACAAAAGGAACAAAAGGAAUUACAAGAUGUUGGACAGACUCUCCGAGCUAAGGAGCAAGAGGUAUGCAAAUUACAAGAACAAUUAGAAGCGACAGUUCAAAAACUUGAAGAAAGCAAACAGCUUCUAAAAAAUAAUGAAAAGUUAAUCACAUGGUUAAAUAAAGAACUAAAUGAAAAUCAGCUAGUAAAAAAGCAAGAUGUAUUGGGACCGUCUACCACUCCACCUGCACAUUCCAGCAGCAACACAAUCAGAAGUGGAAUUUCUCCUAACCUGAAUGUGAUUGAUAAUAGACUUGCUUACCCAGGCUGUGGGAUUGGUUAUCCUGUCUCCUCUGCAUUUGCAUUCCAGAAUACCUUUCCUCAUCCGAUACCUGCCAAAAAUACCAUGUACCCAGUUUCAGGACCAAAGGUUCAGUUUAACUUACAGUUUACAAAACCAAGUACAUCACUAGGAGAUACUCAUUCAGGAGCAGCUAUUAGUGUUCCAUGCUCAACUGAUAAGGAAAAUGGUGAAAAUUUAGGGCUGGAAUCCAAAUAUUUGAAGAAAAGAGAGGAUAGCAUACCUUUACGUGGUCUCAGCCAGAAUCUACUUAGUAAUGCAGACCAUCAGAAAGAUGGCACUUUAGGAGCAUUACAGACUUCUUCCAAACCCACAGUGCUCCCUUCCACAUCUUCAGCCUACUUCCCUGGACAGUUGUCAAGCAGUUAAUUCUAACACCGUUUUAUACAUUUAUUGGCAUUUUAGAAACUCACAUGGUUUAAAAAUCUUAACAGAAGUCCAAUCCUAGGCAGGCAAAUUUCAAAUUUUACUUAAGCUAUUGUUAGGUUGUUUGGAUGAUUUACAGCACACAGAUUACUGUAUAGGAACAAAUUUGUAUUGGGAUUGCUAGAGUCCAAGUGAUUAUUUUUGGGUCUCUUUGAUAGAAUAGUAAUAUGAAUUUCAUUAAACUAAGGUGAGUCUAUCAAUCCUAAUAAAGGAUAUUCUAAUCAUAUUGCAUCUGAGUAAACUGAAAAAUCUGCUCAGAAAAUAGAAACCAAAGAAUGCUAAUAAUUCAUUUUACCAGUUUCAUUAGUAAAAUGUUUUAAAGUUGCCACCUGAGAAUUAUGAGGGAAAAUGAUUAUCUCCUAAGAUUCUAUUUUUUUAUCUUUAAAGGGAAAAAUCCUAACACUCCUUUAUGUAACUGCAAUGAGUUAACCCUGCACAGCAAGUAACUAUGAGUACUUUCCUUGAAACAUUUAAAUUAGCCUAUCGAGUCUAUUAACUUUUUAUAUACUUAUGCAAAUAAUUUGGACACUGUAUUUAUAUGACCAGGUUAAGUAUAAAGUGCUUUAGUCACUUGAGCUGAAGUUUGCAGGAUUUUAAUGCUUCCUUAAUAGUUCACUCAUCUAAUUUUUCUCGUUAAUUUGGAACUUCAUUAGUUUUGCAGUUAAUUUUGUAUCCAUGGAAUUUUGUUUUAAAAAUUGGAACCAUAGUUUUUAGUGUAAGAGCAUCAUGAGUAUUCAUUGUACUUAUUUUUAUCAGAACUGGAUUCAUUUUAAUGUUUACCUAAUAAAGUAAGCAAAAGAACUA